AGACUAAUAAGAAUUAUACUACCACAGUCGUAGUUUUGCGCAGUGCACAUAGCCACGCUAUGAGCACUCAGCAACGGUGUAUUGUUUUAUUAAAAACUUGAUUCCACAUGAACGCGAUUGCAUUGCGAUAACAGCUCGUCGCCGACCGGUUACAAAAUCUAUACGCACAGAUAAUCUUUUAUCACGUUUAGUAACCCAAUUCUUGUUCAGUGAUUACAACUUGAUCCUAGUUACAAAAGUUUACUGUUGCUGAUUCAUUAGCGUGCACAUGUGAAGACUGUAAAUGCUGCUAUCAAACAUGAAAGUGAAUAAAAAAUUAUUACCUAUAAAAGGUCACUUCCUACUAUUUAAUGCAGGCACUGGACCAUUGGUUCCGUACCUAUCUGUGUAUGCUCGACAAUUAGGGUUUUCAUCAGCAACUGUGGGGUUGAUAUACACAGUACUGCCAAUAUUUGGUCUCAUAGCAAAACCAUCGUUUGGUAUCAUAGCAGACAGGUUCAAAAUACAGAAACCUAUAUUUUUAAUAUUUCAAGUUCUAACCAUAUUGAGUUUCUGUGCGAUAUAUUUGGUACCAGAAAACAAGUCUAGCGUAUCUGUGCAGCUGGACUGUGGUAAUGGAAUCACAGAGAUAAAAUCAUGUUACCCCAAUGCAGAGCAAGUGGAUCAUUGCAAAAUCACGACACUUGGGAAGUCUAAUCAAACUACAACUUCAUGUGAUAUGAACUGUGAUAUGUCAUCUCCGAAAAUGUGGCAGACCGUCUGCGAACAUUGGAAAAUACCACAAUACUGUUACAGCAAUACGGAUAACAUACAGUACACGUCGUUAGUAAACAACGUUACGUUGAAAGACAACUGCGCUUACAUCGCGACACAAAAUGUUACGUUGAAUGGUUAUACGUACACACCUCAUUGUCACAUCGGUAGCGGGUAUGUCGAUGUGAACGAGCCCUGUAGUUUGACUUGCGACGACAAGAAUCUCUCAACAGCAAUAGGUUCGGAAAAGGCCAAUAUGACUUGUGUAGAUGAAAUGAUGAAUUACCGCCUCUGCAAGAAUGACACGACCCAACUUACAGCGUUGACUAAACAGCAAGUGAACAGUGAAUGUAAGGCAUCGUGUGACCUUGAUCAAAAAACCCCUUGGCGAUUGAUGUCAAUUUGCGAUGGAUGGGGCGCAGACAUGGCAAGUACUUGCCAUCCAAAAACCACAGCUGGCAGUAACUUCCCUAAAAACCUGUCAUUUGUGGGUUCCGUACGCCAUUGGACAGCCCUAGCCAUGGAUAGCUGCAUUUACAUGCAACUAAACCACAUACGUUUGCCUGAUGGGUCGACUCAUUACCCGAUUUGCGUAACGAAAGCGCAAUAUCAAAUGGAAGCUGAACUCUUUCAUACAGAAUGUGAAAUAAGCUGCAACAAUAGUGUGGUGAACGAAAUUAUCCAAACGGCGUCAGAGAGCUCGAGUCAGGCAGGCUCUCAGUUCACCACCCAAUUUUGGAUGUUCUUUAUUUUUAUGAUUAUAAACUGGUCAUCACAAGCAGUCGUCGUUACAUUUGGCGACGCUAUUUGCUUCAAUCUUCUUGGCGAUAAGCCCUCUCUCUAUGGCAAGCAGAGACUGUGGGGGUCCGUGGGUUGGGGCACCUUUUCUCUAUUAACAGGAGUUUUAAUUGACCAAUUCAGUGACGGUGCAUACAAAAAUUACACGGUAGCAUUCGUACUCAUGUUCAUCUUCAUGAUUGGCGAUAUUGCAGUUUCCUGCAUCCUAAAAGUGGAAUCAACGAAAAUGUCCUUAAAUAUUAUUGCAGACGUCGGCACUCUGUUCGCUUCAAUACCCACGUUUAUAUAUAUGGUUUGGACGAUACUGGUAGGACUCUGUACAGGACUUCUUUGGCAGUUUCUAUUUUGGCACUUGGAAGACAUAGCAGCUAUGUCUUGCGACGGAACAGAGUAUGUAAAGAGCUUACAAGGUUUAGUUAGUGCCAUUCAAACUUUCGGUGGCGAAAUUCCAUUCAUGUUUUUAUCAGGUUAUAUCCUCAGAAAAUUAGGGCAUGUAAAUAUGAUGAGCCUGGUUCUGUUUGCGUUUGGAGUUCGGUUUUUACUGUAUUCCUUUCUCACAAACGCGUGGUGGGUUCUGCCGAUAGAGAUGCUGCAAGGCAUUACCUUUGGCAUGUUCUAUCCCACAAUGACGUCAUAUGCUAACGUGGUUUCGCCUCCGGGAACUGAAACUACAGUGCAGGGUCUUAUUGGAGCGAUAUUUGAAGGAGUCGGAACCUCACUUGGCAGUUUUAUUGGAGGAAGAUUAUAUCAAAACUAUGGGGGUUGGCAAACCUUUCAAUGGUUUGGGAUCGGCUCUUUAAUAUUUUGUGUCACCCACAUUAUUAUACAAUUCUUUAUCAAAGACAAUAAUGACCGCUCUGGAGUCAAUCAAGGUUACUCAUCAGUGAUACGGUAUGAGCAGCCAAAUGACAUGGUAUUCAUCUUAGAAGAUAUGACUGACGGAAGUUAACUCAAAAAGUGUACAUUUAAAUAUGGGGACUUAUAAUAAGUUAUAUUAAUACCUUUCAUAAGUUUGUAAUACUUUAUUGAAUUGUUUUCAAUAUUAAGCUGUAUAGGUAUUUGAAACGAUUCAUAAAUUAACACUUAUAACUGGGUAACUACUGGUUUCUAUAAGUAUAUAGAUGUAAAAAUAUACUGUGAUUGUUUACGUAUUAAUUGUGUAGGUGCUAUUUGUUAGACUGUUAUCAUUGCUCAGAGUGUGUUGAAUAGAAUGAAAUGGAUUUAUAUUAUUAUGUAAUCAUAUUUUAAAUCGUGUUCCUUAAUUAUAUUGAUACACUAGUCUAGGGUA